UAACUCCUAAAAAUUGUAGGAGUAUUGUAGUUUAUUGUUGUAAAAUAUAAACAGAUAAAUAGUUCGUUCGGGAUUGCAACUCAUAACCUUCGUGUUAUGCUUAAUUGAAUUUAAGGGAAAUCGUCGCUGAACUGGAAUAAUGUUUGCUGAUCUUGUUUAUUUCAUCUCACAACCUCUGAAAAGCCAAUUUGGUGCCGCUAAUAGCUUCUUUGAGUUUGAGACGGAACCGAGAAGAAAAGAGAAGCAAAAAAGUCACCCAGAUUAGGCUAAUUAAUCAUUGUCACCCGGCUUAUCAUCUUCAAUAGAUGACACGAGCCUGAUGGCACCCGUCUCGUGAUGACACUUUUAGUGUCACUUCUUUUUUUCUGGGCUCCGGGCUAAUACACAUCUGGCGAAGUAAGCGAUGCAAACAAGAAAUUGGGGAAGAAUCGUAAGGCCUUAGUCCAGCAGUUUGUUAUAGGAAGUGCAAGAGGAGAGCGAGGUGGAUGCGGCGGUGCUGAGAGUGAAUCCCACAAUGAAGCAGUUCAUCCAGGUCAAACGAUGGUGGAUACCAAAUGUUCAUGCACUCGUUUGGUUUAAUUUGGUCGUUUUUGUGGAUUUAUUUAUUCACGUACGUUUUUUUGCAAUUGUUGAUGAAAUGAGCAGUAUGUUGUUAAAAUGCUGUCCUUAAAUGAUUCCAUUAGAAUCGUUACAAUUUAGAAUCGUUUGAAAAUGCUUCCUGAACGUCCACUCGUAUGCAAUUCGAAAGAAGCAUUGACCUCCAAUGUACUUGAAAAGCUUCUUGAAAUUACGAUUUAAUUAAAAUUACCCAACUACUUCGUCGUUACUGUAACUGACACCAGUCGUGUGUAUUAUUUGCACACGAACACCACCGUUCCAUGCCUUGCAAACAGCAAAACCUUUCGAACAAAACAAACGAACCCAGGAAAAGAGGAAACCUUAUACCGUUCUUGCUGCAUACAGCUACAACAAAAAGGUAGUGAGAAAAAGGUCCAAAGGUUUCGGCACUGUGUGUAACCCCGUAUAAUCCCUCGAAAAUGAAACCCUCCCUCCCCCUUCAACGCCUCAUCUUGCGAUGCCCCACAGUGGAAGUGUGUUAAAAAUUGACGUACUUGUCUUUAUCGUCGAUGGAUUCGUUCAAUGAGUUCCAUUCCCGCCGAGAGCAACACAUCAAAACACUGUUACACACAUGUUGUUAACAUGUGUUUGUGUCUGUUGUUGUUUGCUGUUGCUUCGAAAGAGUGUCCCUUUUAUCUACAGAGUCUGCCCCGAGUCGGUAUGUUCUUUCUCGAGCAUAACCUGCACAUCGAAGCUGCACCAGCUGAACAAAUAGGAACAGCUUGAAGGUACUGGUUUCCUUUGUAGGGCUGUUUUUGGACCACAGAAAGAACUUGAAACCGAACAUGUUUUAUUGUUUUUGUUUUGUUAGGAGGUUUUUACCUUUUAAGAAGUAGGAUCAAACGAAUUAUCAGGAAAUCAGAGAUCUUAAAAUAUAGGGCUUUGAAGUCUUUGUCUACAUCGUGGUCGUAUUAACGAUAGAUAGUCAGUUGUGGGAAUGCUUGCUCGAAAUCAUCACUUAUUAUUGAAUUAGUAAUUAAAAUAAUCAAACUAUUUCCGUUCCCUUUAGGCUGAAGCGUCAUCGGCUUGGGAGGAAAAUCUGUUGCGUUCAUACCUCAAACAAAGAUCCUACCUUUCUCUACUUGCAAUUCCUUCCGUUCCUGGCCAUUUUCCCUUUUUUACCGAAGCACUAUUAUAUGCUGCGCAAAAUAUUGCAAAAACUGUUCCGAUCCGUUGUCUUCUCUCUGUGUGUGUGUGUGUGUUUAUGCUUACCACCUUUGGAAAGAACUUUACCGCUGUCCUUUUUUCUGUGGAUUGCGGUGAAAAUUCUCCCAACAGUAUGCAUCUCACGUUCACCGUUGUUGCAUCAACGGUGUGAGGUGUGUGUGUGUGUGCAAUACAGUCUUGCCUCUCCACACAACCACCCCAAAUAAACCAAGGGUGGAAAACGGGUAUUUUCAGCACACCCCAUCCACAAGCACUCUGUGGGGGGGGGAGUGGUGGAUGGGGUGGUGCUGAAGGUCCCUCCGCACCACCGUUCGUUUGAAUUUGUUUAUUUCAAUUCAAUUACCGCGCAACGGAAUUAAUGUGUUUCCGAUGGGUGCGAAAACUCUUCCCGCGCGAGGACACAGCAGGGAAAGUGCAGCUCGCUCACUUUUCUCGCUCCCUUUUGUUCCGCGGCGGUGUGGCGGUUUUUCUGUUGCCUGUAGUGGGGUUGGGCAAGAAGCGUUCCCAGUUGCAGUGCAGAACGUGCUUCUUUCUAUCGGAUUUUCAUCGAGCGCGUGGUGUGUGUUGUUAUCUCGCCCGCGAUCUUUGCACGACCAAAUGGCGCACACAGUGUAGCGCAGCGUGUAUUGGGUGCAUUUUUGCUUGCCUGCCGCCUGUGCUUGCACAAUUUCUGAGACAGGGUGACGCGGACUAUCGUACAUCGUUGGCUGCGCUUCGUUGUGUCGAAGUCUAGAUUGGGGUUUAUUUUUUGUUAUCUUCCUUUGUUGCUGUUUAUUCACUAGUCUUCUAGAAGUGGAGCUUAGUGCCCGUGGUGGUUGGUGCGUGAUGGUUGUGAUAUUCUGUCUCGCUCUCUCUCUCUCUCUCUCGCUAUCCUUCUUCUUCACUGAUGCAUAGUGCAUGAUGUAGACUCACACACACAGGAAGUUUAUUUGUUUGCGUUUGUUUAUCUGUUUAUUUUUGUCCCGAACGAAUAAUGUUUACGUUCUUCUGGGCUGGAACACAAUCGGAAGAUAUCGCCCGGCUUUAACCAUGUGAUGGUGGUGGUUAGGGUGCAAAUGCAUUUAAGGGAGUUUUAUGUUACAGAGAAACUGAUGAUCGCCGCGAAUUGACGCUACAUUUCUGGAAAGAGAGCAGAAUGAAAAGAGAUUUAAUGUGCGUGCGGCUUUGUGCUAUGACUGUACUUAUGGUGCACACCGAGCAGGAACACAUUCAUCCACCGAGCAGGAACAAGAACACAUUCAUUAAGCUUACUAAAAGUGGGAAUAUCGCCACCUAAGUGUAUUGGCGGGGUUUAGGCUUUCCUUCACUUCAUCGAUCGAUGCUUUUCGUGUUGGAUCUUCCCAUUUGCAGUAAGCCCGCAGCGGCUAAGUCGCUUAUUUAUUUGCGCAAACGGUGUUGAUAACCAGCAGCCGCACCAAAGCGCCGUCCCAUUCAGAAGUGUGCUCCUUCGUUUUACUUCUCGUUUUGCUGCUGUGCUCCCAAGGGGUUUGCGGACGAGAAAUGCAAAUUGUUCCCCCUGGUGUGCGGAGCGGACGACAAUCGGCAGCACACGCGCGUACACAUCUACAUUCCGCCCCCCCCCCCCCCCUCCUCAGCAGACAGUGCAUCCGAUUGCAUUCGACUGCAUGAGAGGGGCAGCAGAGCUUCGGUCGGUCGAGCGUUGUUUUACAUAAUCUUGACUAAUUGAUAGUGAUAGAGUGGCAUGUUUAUUGCCGAUCGCCCAUCAAAAAGCUGCAGAUUCUCGUGUGCGCGUGUUCGGUCAAGCUUGAUGAUAUAGGUGUUGUGUGUGUGUUAGGGAGGGUGCGCACCCAGGUGUCGAGAGAGUCGAGACGUAUCGGUACUUUGUCUGACAGCAGGAGCCGUUUCUGUUGGCAAAUCUUGUUGUUAACGCAGCAUGAGGCAUGGAAAGUGCUAGAAAUAAACAGUAAUAUAGUUUCAAAAGUUUUCAUUGUUUCCUUAUUUGACAAUUUUUAUGAAGUUCUAUUGAUUCUAAUUUUGAUAUUGAUUCAAAUUAAAGAUGUGCAGCAGCAGAAUGUACACAUUACAAUUUUUUGUAGCACGAGAUGUAUUGUGUAAUUCGCUUCAAACGAGAUUUGAUCAGAAACAUCUAGUGCGCUAAGCACUUCUCUUACCGUCACGGCUACAACGAGCUGUGUCCAAUGGACUGUUAAAUUUGGAUCAUGUUCGUACCGCGUACAAUUCCUCUAAUACUGCAAAGUCAUUCUCAACGACGAAUAAAAUUAUUGGAAACAUGUAGCUCAAACACAUCUUAUAAAACACCUGCUAUUUACUAUUCUUCAUGCGACAAUUUUGAAAAAAAUAUUAUCUCUUUAGCCCAUUUUGCUUCGAAACGUCAGCUACAGGUACCAUCGUACCGGUAACAAUAAAGUCCUUCAACCUACGACCAGUUUUUGUCAAUAUAUUUUUUCUUACUCCCUUUCUCUCUCUCUCUCUUGGUGCUUAUGGAUCCACAAAUACGAUAUUGUCAUUUAAGUUUCCAUCCGAGGUUGUUGGAAAAAUGAUGAGAUACAUACGGAUGGGUGGGGGAGGUGUUGGAAGAACCUUCAUAAGCAAAGCCCAAGAUCUGCAGCUGUCGGAAAGAAAACACACCGCCCGUCUUCCGUCCCGCGCCGAGGGUUUUGCUUUCAGUUUGAUUUUUCAAACACGCGUCUUUACACGAUGCUAUGUACCUUCCAGCAUCCGAGGUCAAGACACCCGGCGGCGACGGCGUCGGUGAAGGAGACGGCAGAGUUGUUGUUUGUUAUCGCGUCUCCUGCCACUGUUUGCUUGAAGCGCCUCAUCUGGAGCGAACUUCAUUUGAGAUCCAAUAAUAUGCGUCACAGUGUGUAGGUACUUCACGUCUACAGCGGAAGGUUCCACCUGGGCUUAUUGGUUGGCUUUUUCAUAAGCGCCGCACACCCACCGCCCUGUCAGAGAGGUACGACACCGCGGGGCGGUGUGUAGUGGCGAUUCAUUUCGUACCACCCAAAUCGCCUCCAGUAGUACGCCUUGCACUAUGCGAGAUGCAAGGGUCGGUGGUGAUGUAACUACACAGGCCAGCAAGUGAGUGUAGGCGAGAGGUGUGUUGGUGGUGGGCAUAAUACGCCCCGACAGCAGUUCUCCUACUGGGGCAGAUGCUGCUUUUUCGAGCCAGAAAUAGAAACAGAUAAAAAGCUGAUCGAAAUGGUGCUAUGCGGGGUGCGCUGGUGUUUUGUACUUGUUGCUGCCGAUCGUCUUGUCCGCCUUGCGAAUCGUUCAAUCGUUCGCUUGGAGCUUGGGUGGUGGUUCUGGUGUGACGGCAAAAGGUGAAAAAUAAAUGGAAUUAUUAACAAAAGCAUGAUGGGAAGGGGAACGAAUGUCGCACAUUUUUCAACGGGAAAAGGUUAAACGUUAUCACAGCUGGUGGAACUGGGAGCAUUGAUUUUCCUUCCAAAUGUGUACGAACCCACGUGGGAGACUUUCCAUCGACGUUCAAUUGCGAUGCAAGUGUACGUAGUACGUAGUGGAUUCGAUGGAUUCGAUUGGGUGGCAUAAAGUAUGUGUGUUUUUUUUGCUCUCUCUCUGAUUGUGCAAGAUACCAAAGAAAAGGCACAAAAAUAGCAUUCCGGCACUCAGCUUGGCUAAGCGGGGAAUGCUAAAAAUAUAUUGCAGUUAAACAACAAUAACAGCAAAAAAAACAAUAUCAACAACGGAAAGGUUUUCUGUGGUGAAGUACGGUUGAAGAGUAUUAUUGUGCUGCCGGAAGGAAGGAAGCUGAAAUGCUAUAUUUGAGCGAGACAGAGAGAAAGAGAGGAGCUAUACUGUAAAGAGAAAUAUGAUACUCAAUCAUACUAUUUUUAAUCAUCAACAGAAUUGUUUUCUUCUCUCGGCCGUUUUGCACGUAAUUUUAGAUUUCACUUGAACGAUUAAUCAACACAAAGUCGAAUCCGUUGCUGUGUUGUGUAGGUUGCUGUUUUGUGAUGAAUGAUCGAUGUGUAUGAAUGCGCUUCUAUUUAUUUGCUAUUUUCCUAAAAUUUUAUGCGUUUUUCUGCCCGCGUGACAAUCCUGCAUCAAUGUUCAAUUUAUUAGAGGACCGUUUUCGAAUCGUUUUUGUUUGAUAAGUGAUCUUUCCAUUUUCUGGACUCGUCGGGUACGAUCACCCUCCGUCAGAACAAUCCGUGUGUGUGUGUGUGUGUGUGUGUGUUUAUCCCAGCCCAGCGUAUUUGUGUGUGCUCUUACCUUAACUGUGUUGUUUUUUGCAUUCACAGUCGGCAAACAGUGUGUGCUAAUGUAGUGCUUAAUAGCGUAUCCGUUCUCCAGCCAUUCGUGUGGCGGCAGUGACAGUUUGCAAUGGUAGGCUCCACCGACGCCGUCGCCAUCGUUGUCGUUGGUGCCACGCUCUACACCCGUUGAACACAUUCCUUUCGGUUCCAAUUCCAAUCGGUGGUUCCAAGCUUCCAAGUGGUGUGGUGGUGGAUUGUUUUUUGCUGUCAUAGCUUCUUGGUGUGUUUAAAGCAAAGAAAAACACGAUAAAGCUUCCUCCCUGGGGUGUGAAGCAGAGUGCACGUAAAUUGAUACCGAAAUUGGCGCCCCCAAAGCUGCCGCCACCCCGAACGGCGGGGGCCAACGCGAUCGAAAUGCAGCGCCGCGGGGGGCUAGUAGCACCUGCUGCAGUUUUAUCGCACCAGCAGCAGCAGCUGCCGUCGGCGCAGCCACAUCACCUGGGAAGGAGCGAACCAGGCGCCGCCACCGGCCCGGUUUCGGCAUCGCAAAGUAAAGACAAUGCCGUCUCCUCCCGGCACCACGGGCCGCAUAUGAAGAAGUCGGCCAACUCGUCCGCUGACACCGGCAGCAGUGGCGGUGGACCCGGUUCCGGCAAGCGAACGCACGGAAACAGCAAUAGCAACAGCAGUAACAGCAACACGAUGGGUAACACCCACCAGGACAAUGACCAUGCCGGUGAGCAUGCGGGUUUGGGCGGUAGCGCCAGCGCGAAGGAUAAGGACGAGGACGAUAUUUACGAAUUUAAAUCCACCCCGAAAGAUUCCAGCUCGAGCUCGAGCGACGAGAAGGAGGUUAGUGGCGGCGGCGGCGGCGGCAAGAAAGGAUCGGGCGAUAAGACGGGCGACGGGGCACACCAUCACGACGCGCACGACCAUCAUCACGGUGGCUCGUCGCGGGACGAUCCGCUAGCGCUGGGCCAUCAUCACGCGGCGGACGAUAAGCAGAAGGAUGGUUCGGGCAGUGGCGGUGCGGAUCAUGGGCCUGGCAGCGGUGGCAGCCUUUCCUCCACUUCCGGUGUACCGAAGCGACCCUUUUCCGAGCUUAACGAUGGCGGCGAUGACGGCGGCCCAACGAACGAGGAUGAGACGAAGCGCAAAAAGCGCAAAGAUGCUGACCCGCUGGGAGGGCUCGGUGGCGUCGGCAGUGGUGCGGGAAAGGAUACAGCUUCCUCCGGCAGCCUGUCCGGCGGGAAAUCGGGCACGGGUGGUAGCCGAGGCUCUACGCCCCGCCAGGAGAAGGGUGGCAAGGCGGCGGGCGGUGUAGUGUCGGCGAAAACGCUCGGACUGUCGGCGAAGGGUGCGCUGGAUCGGAAGAGUCCCUGCGCAAGCCCCAAACCGUCCCAGGGAGGUGUUGGCGCCGGGGGCGGAAGCAGUAUGGCAAGCGGGGCAGCGGCAGGUACAAACGUCACCGGUUCCGGUGGGACUACUGGAUCGAUCGGGGGGACGGCGGCCAGUGGAUCGACGGCCGCAGGCAAGGGUGGAUCGUCCGGUACGAGCAGCAGUAAUGACAGCGACGGAGAAAGCACCCUGAUGGGCGGCGUCGAGGACGGCGGCAAUGGGAAGGGCGGCGGUGAGGGUGGCUUUGGGGGUGGCUUCAGCGGUCCCAAGGUGCCGCCCCUCAAGAUCGUCAUUCCGCAGCAGAGCGCGGCCGGCGACGCGGAAGUCGGUGGCAACACGCGCAACGGGAAGAACGCGUCGACGCGCAACCAUGCCGCGCUGCCGUACGUGGUGGCGUCCUCGAACAGCAACGACUCGACGGCGGACAAGGAAAGCACUUCGUCCCGCAGCGCUAGCCCGGCCGAUUCGAAAAGCUCGGACGAGAAAAAUCCCUCCCAGAGCGGCACCAGCAAGGAUGAGCGGACGCAGCAGCGUGUGUUGCGCAGCUCGCACCGUGGCGGCAAUAGCAACAGCUCCGCCAAGGAUGGCAACACGUCCGGUGUCGAUCGGUCGAACAAUUCGUCGCCGCAGAUGCAGCAGCAGGGCAACAGUGGUUCGCCCUCGCCGAUGUCCAGCGGCGGUUGUGAUGCGACGGAGCGGGGAGGUGGAGGAGGCACGUCCGGUGGUGCGGGUGAAGGAGGAGGUCGUUCGACGCAGACAAACAGUCCAGCGGGAGCGACAGCGACAGGAGAGGGUGAUAAUGGCUCAUCGACUGGUGGCACGGGAACGGGCGGCAAUCCAAAAAGCCCCACCAACGUGACUGGUGCCACGGGAGGAACGGGGACGGGUAAUAGUGGAUCAAACGAUAGCUCCGCUGGAACCGGAACGGGCGGUGGAACAAAUGGAACCGGUUCAUCCUCCAACUCCACUGCCCGGGGCGAUGGAUCGGGUGGAGGAGCAUCGGGAGCGGCCUCAUCCGGUGGGCAAUCGUCUGCAGGCGGCAAUGGAACAGGAUCGUCCGGCACGGGGCCGACACAAAACAACAACUCAUCCUCAUCGUCCUCCUCGUCCUCCUCUUCCUCCACCUCCGAAUCGUCCGUCCAUCCGCGCAAGCGGAAAAUCAAAACGAACAAAGACCAAUCCGCCGCUACUGCCUCGUCCGGUGCGGCGGCCGGUAGCAAUGCGACCGGCACUGGCAGCAAUUCCGGCACCGCUCCCGCCGGUUCAGCGGGUUCCUCCGCUUCCUCAUCCUCCUCCUCCUCCUCCACCUCCGGGGCGGGUGCAACGGCGAGCGAGGACAAGAAGGAAGCGCGCGAAGAAACGCCCGACGUCCAUCCGCACGAUCAGCCGAUCACGAACUGCUACCAGAUGUAUCUGAACAUACGCAAGCAGAUCGAGCGGCGCCAGAAGAGCUUGUUCCCGGUGCAGCCGAAGCCGCCGCAGGGCUUCAAGGACUACCUGAUGAACCGGUGCACGUACGCGCUGGCCGGCAAAACGCCGACCGAACCGAACGUCCAGGUGCCGGCCACGCUGCCACCCUCGCUGAAGGAGAUGUUCCAGGCGCAGGAGAAGGAGCGCCACAAGCUGCGCAUGCAGCACAUCGUCGAGAAGGAGAAGCUGGUGCUGGCGGUCGAGCAGGAGAUACUGCGGGUGCACGGGCGGGCGGCCAGGGCGCUCGCGAACCAGUCGCUCCCGUUCUCCGUCUGCACCAUCCUAAAGGACGAGGAGGUGUACAACAUCAUCACGCCCGAGCAGGAGGAAAAGGAUCGGAACGCGCGCAGCCGGUACAACGGGCGGCUGUUCCUGAGCUGGCUGCAGGACGUGGACGACAAGUGGGAGAAGAUCAAGGAGGCGAUGCUGCUGCGCCACCACAACGAGGCGGAAAGCUUGCACGCGGUGCAGAAGAUGGACUGGGAGUGGAAGAUGAAGGAGCAUCUGCUGUGCGAGUUUAAGGCGAAACCGUUCAUCGACGAGACGUACGUGCCGAUGGUGAACGUGAACGACGAUUUCGAUCUGCUGCCGGCGUAGAUAGAUAGGUGCGCUCAAGCGUUGCGCAUUUUAUUUUUUGCUUUUGCGGAACACCAGCGUGCGUUUUUUUUAUUUGCGCAGAAUUGCGCAUGGAGUGGAUGCAGACCGGUAAAGGAUGUAUUUCUUUUUUUAAUCACGUGGAAGACCGUAAGACGAUUGUUGGUGUAAAUAUAUGUACUUAGCAUGUAAUCAGAUACCGGAAUAAAAGUAUUAAAAUACAAACUA